AGGAGAAGAAGGGUAGAAUCCGAGCUUGGAGAGGAGCUUAGGCCACUGGUAUGCUCUCAAAGAUCGAGCAUUUGUGCAACGUUUCAUUCGAGAUUCUGAUUUAUCUGACGGAUUUUCUCUUCUGGUUGAAGAUCUGAUGGCUUUUGUUGAUGUAACCAAAUCAUGCCUUGAUUCGAUUCGCCAAAUAUCAGAACACAUUGAAGAUGCAAUUGUUUACCUAGAUGCUGGAUGCACGGAAAGUUUCCAGCUCGUGGGAGCAUUUCCUAUAUUCCUGGACCUUGGAGUGCGUGCUGUUUGUAGCUUGGAAAACACGUAUUCUCUUGAUGUGGUAGCUGACUGGAAUGGAAAUUAUGACCCAGCAAAGAAAAUUGUAAUUAUGACUUCUCGUUUAUUAAGUGAUGCACACCGUUAUAUUCUACGUACUCUGAGCAUGCAUCAAGGAGUUUUGUUUUGUUCGAUAUUUACAUCUAUCUCAGAGGUAGCUCAUUCAGCAUAUCCUGAUUCACCUCUUGGACCUGAUGCAUUCCAUGAGUAUGAAUCCUUGCUUCUCCAAGAUUAUGAGGAGCUUAUUGAAAAUUCUGAUUUAAAGUCUGGACGUUCUGUUGAUAAUAAUACAAAAGAAAAUUUGACCUUUGAAGAUGAAGGAUGGUCCAGAGUCACCUCCACUGAAGAAGAUAUUCCUUCCCUUGAGGCUAGUUCCACUGGGAAAAAUCUAUAUGGGAAUAAUCCAAGACAGAAAAUGGUAGAUUUGGGGCCAAAACUGAUUGUUUCUGUCCAUCACUUCCCCAUGAUUUUAUGCCCCUUUUCACCUAAAGUGUUUGUCUUACCUUCUGAGGGAUCAAUUGCCGAAGCAUGCUUAUCCGCUGAGAACGAGGAUUCUCUCAGUGCUGGAUUGCCUUCCUUGAGUACCGGAUUGCCAUCAGAUGGUGAUGAGGUUCCUCCUGCUGCAACGCUUACUGCACAUUUUUUGUAUCAUUUGGUUGCCAAGAUGGAUUUGAAAAUGGAAAUUUUUUCUCUUGGUGAUUUGUCAAAAACUAUUGGGAAGAUUUUGACAGACAUGUCAAGUCUCUAUGAUGUAGGACGUCGAAAACGAACGGUGGGGUUAUUACUUAUUGAUCGUACUCUUGACCUUCUUACUCCAUGCUGUCAUGGAGAUUCACUUGUAGAUCGUAUCUUUUCUGCUUUGCCCCGUAAGGAAAGAAUAUCAUCUUCUACAAGUAUCAAAAGCUCACAGGCUCAACUUAUACCUGGAAGCCUAGAGCGUGCUUCCCUCGAGGUUCAGAUACCAAUUGGAGAAAUUUUAACUGAAGAAGAUCCCGAAAUUGAUGAUUCUGGUCUUUCAAAUAGAAUUGAAGCUUUUCUCUGUGGUUGGGAUUCCUAUAACUCUGCUCCUGAAAUGGUAGAUUUGAUUAAUCUUUGUAAAAAAGCUAGUGAUCAAAGGAUUUUUCCUGCUGAGCUACUACAGGGGUCCUUGGUUUCUACCGAAAGUUUCCGUGGAACACCAUAUCUGGAAGCCAUACUAGAUAGGAGGACAAAAGAUGGGGCUAUCCUGGUGAAGAAGUGGCUUCAGGAAACUCUUCGUCGAGAAAAUAUGAGCACUUAUGUGAAAACUCGCCCUGGUUUGGCUUCAAAAUCGGAAUUGAAAACCAUGAUUAAAGCAUUAGCUAAAAGGCCUUCGUCCUUAAUUAGAAACGGAGGAAUUAUUCAGUUAGCUACAGCUGCAUUAUCUGCCCUUGAUGAAUCAUGUAGUGUCAGAUGGGAUGCAUUUAUCAGCGCAGAGAAAAUAUUGAGCGUUAAUGCCGGGGACACGAGCCAGAGUCUGGCUGCUCAAAUAAGUGAUCUGAUCAAUAAGAGUGCUUUUGCAGGAUCAGAUGGCAAAAAAAAGGAACUCUCACAUGGGCUACUUUCUUUUCAAGAUGCUUUGCUCCUCACAAUUACUGGUUAUAUAUUGGCUGGUGAAAACUUCCCAACUUCUGGAUCCAGUGGCCCUUUUUCUUGGCAAGAGGAGCAUUUUCUUAAAGAAGCUAUUUUGGAUGCAAUACUUGAAAACCCAUCGGUGGCUAGGUUGAAGUUUCUUCAUGGUCUAACACCAGAACUUGAGGCCAAAUUAAACAAACCUAAAUCAGAUGUAACUAAAGAAACAUCAAUAGAUCAUUUAGACAUCGAUGAUUUUGACGAUGAACAAUGGGGCAAAUGGGGAGAUGAAGAUGAAGAGAAUGAUAAUAAAGAGCUGGAAUAUGAUGACAUGCAGCUUAAGUUGGAGUUGCGCGACCGAGUGGACACCCUUUUCAAAUAUCUUCACAAGUUUUCUAGUUUAAAGAGCAAGAAUAGACCUUUAAGAGAAGGACCAUUGGCUUCAGAAAGCAAUUUAACUGGCGAUCCUUACACAAAUAAAGGAUUACUUUAUAAGCUUCUAACAAAGAUUUUGGGCAAGUUUGAUGUGCCAGGAUUGGAGUACCAUUCCUCUACAGUAGGUCGACUGUUUAAAAGUGGGUUUGGAAGAUUUGGUCUUGGACAGGCAAACCCAAGUGUAGCAGACCAAAAUGUCAUUCUGGUUUUUGUUGUUGGAGGCAUUAAUGGUGUUGAGGUACAAGAAGCACACGAGGCAUUGUCAGAAAGCGGAAGACCCGAUAUCGAGUUAAUUCUGGGUGGAACCACUUUUCUAACUCCCGAUGACAUGCUUGAUUUGCUAUUGGGACAACCUAGUUACAUUUGACUUCUCUCUCUGUCUAACAUAAGCUAAAAGUUUUCAUGUUCCUUUCCCAUG